UUUAAAUCUUGUCUGAGUAACAACGUUUUGUUUAGUAUACUGAAAACAGAGAAUUUAGUAAAAUAAAUCAUGGGGCAAUUAUUAAAAAUCGUUUGCAUUUUAGCAGUAUUAUUUGUGAAUGAUUCUUUGUCUCAAGGCAUUUCAUUUCCCGAUGGUAGCUGUGGAACUCCGGAUGGUUUUCAGGGAACAUGCGUCGAUAUUUUACAAUGUCCUCCGCUAUUGCGUACAUUGAAGAAUGUUCAAAGAUCUCAAAUGGAAACACGUUACCUGCAACUGAGUCAGUGUGGGAAGAAAGGUAACUCGGUUUUGGUUUGUUGUCGUUACGAUGGUGUAAGUCGUUUUAACAUACCCACACCAGCAAUGCCAACAGAUAAUUCGAAUCUAUUGCCCAAUACUCGUCAAUGUGGACGUUCCUUUGACAAUCGUAUUUAUGGUGGUAGUUCAACGAAAAUUGAUGAAUACCCUUGGGCUGCUUUAAUAGAAUAUACGAAACCCGGCAACAAUAAGGGUCACCAUUGUGGAGCUGCUUUGAUUAACAACCGUUAUGUGGUAACGGCUGCCCAUUGCGUUACAGGUCGUGGUAUACCCGCCGACUGGCGUGCUACUGGUGUACGGUUGGGCGAAUGGGAUCGUUCCACUAAUCCAGACUGUGAAAUAUCCGUAACGGGCAAGAGAGAUUGUGCCGAUGCCCAUUUAGAUGUCGGCAUCGAAGAGAUUACCUAUCAUCCCAACUACAAUGCCCAAGCUUCAAAUAAUUUACAUGACAUUGCUCUAAUACGUCUCGAUCGCUAUGUUAGCUUUACCGAUUUCGUUAGUCCCGUGUGCUUACCCGUCCAAUCCCAUAUGCGCACCAAAACCUUUGAUAACAUCAAAAUGGAUGUUACUGGCUGGGGUACGACCGAAGAUGGCGGCACCAGUGCUAUAAAGUUGAAGGCGGCCGUAGACGGUUGGACAUUUGACAGAUGUCGUCAAAAGUAUGCCACUAAGCGUAUCUAUUUGCAAGAUACCCAAAUGUGUGCGGGUGGUGAAGAGGGUGUUGACUCUUGUGGUGGAGAUUCUGGUGGUCCUUUGGUGGUAAAGGAGAGACUGGAUAAUCGUGAUGUCUAUGUGUUGUCAGGUGUAGUAUCGUUUGGUCCAAAACCUUGUGGCUUGCCCGGUUGGCCAGGAGUGUAUACUAGGGUUGGUGCCUACAUUGACUGGAUAACAAGUACUAUAAGAGCAUAAACAUUACAGUUUUUCUAUGUGUUUUUUCAUUUUAUUUUGUAUACCUUGCCAUUAUUAAUGUCUACUUAAAUAUAUUAUAAACAAAUAUUUAAAAUA